AUGACCCCGAUGAAGCUCCCUACGUUCGAUGACUUGCCUUUGGACAAGAAUGGUCCUCCAGGCAACGCAUGGGGUCUGUGGGGGCCGGACGAUCAACUCGGUAGGCUCAACUUGCUGACACCAGAGACCGUUCGCGCUGCAGCCAGUGAGAUAAGAGAAGGCAUCCGAAUAUCUUUGGACUGGCCACUUGACAAGAUUUCACAUCCCCCUUUUGGGAGACAAGCUCUCGAGCACCAUAUACUCAACAAAGCUCCCAUGACGAUGAAUGACGACGUCAUCACGCUGAAUACGCAGAGCAGUACACAGUGGGAUGGUUUCAGGCACUAUGGGUACCAAAGGACUGGGCAGUUCUACAUGGGCCACAAACAGGAGGAAUUCGUUCCAGGAUCACAGUCUCUUGGGAUCGAUGCUUAUGCCAACAACGGCGGCAUCAUCGGCCGUGGCGUUCUCAUAGACUGGUACUCCUGGUCCCAACGCAACAACAUCUCACUCUCCCCAUUCCAAACCAACGCUGUAGAAAUGUCUCACAUCCAUGCUAUUAUCGCUGAAGAGAACAUCGAAUUCCACCAAGGCGAUAUCCUCUUCAUUCGCGUCGGUUUCACUGCACACUACAACGCGCUCUCCCGCCAAGAGCAGCAGAGCUUUCCCAACCGCCAGCCUGGAGGUCUUUUGGGGCUUGAAGCCACGAAAGAGUCCCUUAAAUGGCUUUGGGAUAGCGGUUUCGCAGCUAUUGCUUCGGAUGCGGCUGGCUUCGAAAGAGGCCCUGCGACAGGAGCGUAUAAUCAUCCUGAUAUUAGUAUACAUCAAUGGGCUCUGGCAGGAUGGGGAAUGCCAAUUGGUGAGCUCUUUGACUUGGAGGAGCUGGCAGAGAAAUGCAGAGAGAGAAAACGCUGGGUAUUCUUCUUGACGAGUGUGCCGCUUAAGGUGCCGGGCGGUGUUGCCAGUCCAGGGAACGCAGUAGCAAUAUUAUAG